GCUCUGAAGUUGUCGUCUUUGGGCGCAAAUGUAGUCAUCACUGGAAGGGAUGACCAGAGAAUCCAAUCUGUGGUCAAAAAGUGUGAAUCACUUUCCAAACAGAAAGCACUUGGAGUUAGGGCUGACUUAAUGGUGGACAGGGAUGUCAAGAAUUUGGUGGAAAAGACUAUCGAAGUAUUUGGAAAAAUAGAUAUUCUCGUGAAUAACGCCGGUAUCGGACCGACAGCUACUUUUGAACAGUCGGCAUAUCUCGAGUCAUACGACAAAGUGAUGAACACUAAUGUCCGGAGUAUUCAAGUAUUGACUCAAUUAGUGGUUCCAUAUCUUGAGAGUACUAAAGGAAACAUUAUUAACAUCUCAAGUGUUUUGGGAUUAAUUCCCUCAGCCAGAGCAAUUUCAUAUUGCAUGGCUAAAAGUGCACUGGAUAUGUUUACUAAAUGUUUAGCCCUAGAGUUAGGCCCCAGAGGUGUACGUGUGAAUAGUGUCAAUCCGGCAGUAAUCCGGACGCCAUUCUUCGAGACAAUGACUGGAAGUAAGGAUUUAUUGUCGGCCACUGAAAAGCAAUGUCAGGAUAACUAUCCGCUGAGACGUAUCGGUGAACCGGAAGACGUGUCGGAAGCCGUGGCAUACCUGUGCUCACCCGUAGCCUCAUUCAUAACGGGUGCCAUUUUGCCGGUCGAUGGCGGCUCUCUUAGAGCUCCUAUUUCUCGGACCUCAAUAAUGAAUUUUGAUGGAAACGUAGCUUUAAUAACAGGCUCGUCUUCGGGUAUCGGCGAAGCAAUUGCUCUGAAGUUGUCGUCUUUGGGCGCAAAUGUAGUCAUCACUGGAAGGGAUGACCAGAGAAUCCGAUCUGUGGUCAAAAAGUGUGAAUCACUUACAAAACAGAAAGCAAUUGGAGUUAGGGCUGACUUAAUAGUGGACAGAGAUGUCAAGAAUUUGGUGGAGAAAACAGUGGAAGAAUUUGGAAAAAUAGAUAUUCUCGUGAAUAACGCCGGAAUAGGUGAUAUUGUUCAAUUUGGAUCACCCGGGUAUUUGAAAACAUACGACAAAGUGAUGAACACUAAUGUCCGAAGUAUUCAAGUAUUGACUCAAUUAGUGGUUCCAUAUCUCGAGACAACUAAAGGAAACAUUAUUAACAUCUCGAGUACUUCUGGACUUAAACCCUCAACAAUAGGAAUAUCAUACAAUAUGGCAAAGAGUGCUCUGGAUAUGUUUACCAAAUGUUUAGCCCUCGAGUUGGGACCCAAAGGGAUUCGGGUGAAUAGUGUCAAUCCUGCGGGCAUACGAACGCCAAUCUUCGAGACAGUGACCGGAGAUAAGGAUUCGUUGACCAGAUUUGAAAUGCACUGUAAGACUGACUAUCCGUUGCAACGAAUCGGUGAACCUGAAGAUGUGGCCGAAGCCGUGGCAUACCUGUGCUCACCGGUCGCCUCAUUCAUAACG